UUCCAGAAACCCCUGGAGGCUGAGCGCCGGCGGCAGCUGGAGAUCACGGCUGAGGCCGAGCGCCUCAAGCUGCACGUGGCGGAGAUGAGCGUGGCCCAGGCCAAGGCCGAGGAGGAAGCCAAGCGGUUCAAGAAGCAGGCGGAGGAGAUCAGCGAAAGGCUGCACGAGACCGAGCUGGCCACGCGGGAGAAGAUGACGCUGGUGCACACUCUGGAGAUCCAGCGGCACCAGAGCGACGAGGACGCGGAGAAGCUGCGGAAGGCCAUCGCCGACCUGGAGCAGGAGAAGAUGCAGGUGGCCCAGCAGGCGCAGCUCCGCCAGGAGACCCAGCUCCUCCAGCAGACCUUCCUGACGGAGAAGGAUGCCCUGCUGCAGAAGGAGAAGUUCAUCGAGGAGGAGAAAACGAAGCUGGAGAAGCUCUUUAAAGACGAGGUGAACAAAGCCCAGAACCUGAAGGCGGAGCAGGAGCGGCAGCAGAAGGAGAUGGAGCAGGAGAAGCAGCAGUUGAAAGCCAUGCUGGACGAAGCCAAGAAGCACCAGAAGGAAGCGGAAGAAAACGUCCGGCACAAGCAGGAGGAGCUGCAGCAGCUGGAGAGACAGCGGCAGCAGCAGGAGAAACUCCUGGAGGAGGAGAACAAGAAGCUCAGGGAGAGGCUCGAGCAGAUGCAGGAAGAGUACAAGGCCGCCCUGGCCCAGACACGAGAGAUCAUGAUCCAGACGGACGACCUGCCCGAGGAGGCCACGGUUACGAUGACGCAGCUGCCGGAUAUCAAAGCUGUGCCCAACGGCAGGGACGCGGUGGAUGGCUUAGUGCAGGACGGGGAGCCCGAGUUUGCGUUUGACGGCAUCCGUCAGAAAGUGUCUGCGGAGAAGCUGGCCGACGCCGGCAUUUUGAGCAAGGAGAGCUUGGACAAGUUGGCGAAGGGCGUUGUGAGUGUUGACGAGCUUUCACAGAGGGAAGACAUCAAGAAGUACCUGCAGGGCAAGAGCAGCAUCGCUGGUUUGUUAAUCAAACCCACCAAUCAGAAGAUGAGCAUCUAUGAAGCCAUGAAGAAGAAGCUGCUCAGCCCGGGCACCGCGCUGGUCCUCCUGGAAGCGCAGGCUGCCUCUGGCUUCCUCAUCGACCCUGUGCGAAACGCAAGGCUCUCGGUGAACGAGGCGGUGAGAGAGGGAGUGAUUGGGCCAGAACUGCACAACAAGAUGCUGUCUGCUGAACGGGCGGUAACCGGCUACAAGGAUCCCUACACGGGGGACAAGCCCGUGCCCAGCCACCGCCUGCCCGUGGAGGUGGCCUACAAGCGGGGCUACUUCGACCAGGAGAUGAACCAGGUCCUCUCUGACCCCACCGACGACACCAAGGGCUUCUUUGACCCCAACACACAGGAGAACCUCACCUACCUGCAGCUCAUGGAGCGGUGCGUGACUGACCCGGACACGGGGCUGUGCCUUCUGCCGCUCACUGACCAGGCAGCCAAAGCAAGAGAGCUGGUCUACACCGACAAAGAAGCUAAGGACGUCUUCAAGAAGGCCACGGUGACAGCACCGUUUGGCAAGUUUCAAGGGAAGACAGUGACCAUCUGGGAGAUCAUCAACUCUGAAUACUUCACUGAGGACCAAAGGCGGGACCUAAUCCAGCAGUACAGGACCGGCAAGAUCACGGUGGAGAAGAUCAUCAAGAUCAUCAUCACGGUUGUGGAGGAAAGCGAGAAAAAGAGCCAAAUGUGCUUCGAGGGCCUCCGGGCCCCGGUGCCUGCCGCCGAGCUGCUGGAAAGCAAAAUCAUCAACAAGGACCUCUACAACCAGCUGCACCAGGGCAAGAAGUCUGUGAAGGAUGUGGCGGAGAUGGAGUCCGUGCGACCGUACCUGAAGGGCACGGGUGCCAUUGCCGGCAUCCUGGUGGAGUCAACUGGCCAGAAGCUCACCUUCUAUGACGCCCUGAAGAGAAACCUGCUGAAGCAGGAGAUUGCCCUGUCCCUGCUGGAAGCGCAGGCUGCCACUGGUUACAUCAUUGACCCUGUGAGGAACAAGCUGUUCUCCGUUGAUGAGGCGGUGAAGGCCGAGGUGGUGGGGCCCGAGUUUCACGAGAAGCUGCUGUCCGCAGAGAAGGCGGUGACUGGCUACAAGGAUCCCUGCACGGGCCAGACGGUUUCCCUCUUCCAAGCGCUCCAGAAGGGCCUCAUCCCCGGCGACACCGGGGUCCGUCUGCUGGACGUCCAGCUCGCCACUGGGGGCAUCAUCGACCCGGUGAACAGCCACCGGCUCCCGCUCGAUGUCGCCUACAAGCGGGGCUACUUCAGUCCGGAGAUGAACGAGGCUCUGUCCGAUGCCAAGGCUUUCUAUUGUCCCAACACCCAGGAGCACCUCACCUACGCCCAGUUGCAGAAGAACUGCCACCGUGACAAGCAGACUGGCUUCUGCCUGCUGCCCCUGUCGGACAAAGCCAUCCAGUCGCAGCAGGAGGAGGUCUACACGGACAGCCAGGCGAAGGAGUGCUUUGACAAGGCGACUGUAGAAGUCCCAGUGGGCAGCAUGAAGGGCCAGACGAUGACCAUCUGGGAGCUGAUCCACUCCGAGUACUUUACGGAGGAGCACAGGCGGGAGCUCCUCCGACAGUACAAGACUGGCAAGGUGACCAUCGAGAAGAUCAUCAAGAUCGUGAUCACCAUCAUCGAGGAGGCAGAGACCAAAAAGCAGGAGAAGCUGACGUUCAGCGGCCUCCGGGCACCUGUACCUGCCAGCGAGCUGGUGGAGUCCCGCAUCAUCAGCAAAGCCCAGUACGAGCAGCUGAAGGAAGGCAAGAAAUCCGUGAAGGACCUCUCCGAGACCGAUGCGGUGAGGAGAUUCCUGCACGGCAGCGACUGCAUUGCCGGCGUCUACGUGGAAGCGACCAAGGAGAAGCUGAACAUCUACGAGGCCAUGAAGAGGAACCUGCUGAGGCCCAGCACCGCCGUGGUCCUCCUGGAGGCCCAGGCAGCGACCGGGUUCUUGAUCGACCCGGUGAAGAACCGGAAACUCUACGUCAACGAGGCGGUCAAGGCCGGUGUCGUCGGGCCUGAACUGCAUGAGAAGCUGCUGUCCGCUGAGAAGGCUGUCACUGGGUACAAGGACCCCUACUCGGGCAACACCAUCUCCCUCUUCCAGGCCAUGAAGAAAGGACUCAUCGUCAAGGAGCACGGCAUCCGCCUGCUCGAGGCCCAGAUCGCCACUGGCGGCAUCAUUGACCCCGUCAACAGCGCGGCCCUGUACUUGCUGCCGCUGCGGGAGCCCGAGAAGCCUGCGGUUGUGGAGACCACCCAGGUGUACACAGAGGCUGAGACGCGGAAGGUGUUUGAGGAGACGCAGGUGGACAUCCCCGUGGGCAGCAGGGCGGGCUCCUCCAUGUCGCUGUGGGAGAUCAUGCACUCGGACCUGCUGCCCGAGGAGCAGCGGAAGCAGCUCAUGGAGGAGUUCCAGUCGGGCCGCGUGUCCAAGGAGCGCAUGAUCAUCAUCAUCAUCGAGAUCAUCGAGAAGACUGAGAUCAUCAGGCAGCAGAAUCUCAUGUCCUAUGACUACGUCCGGCGCCGCAUCACGGCCGAGGACCUCUACGAGGCCAAGAUCAUCUCUCAAGACAUCUACAACCUGCUGAAGCAAGGCUCCAAAACCUUCCGGGAGCUCCUGGACGUGGAGGCGAUCUGGAAGUACCUCUACGGGUCGGGCUGCGUGGCUGGCAUCUACAUCCCCUCUUCCAAGCAGAAGCUCAGCAUCUACCAGGCGCUGAAGAAGGGGCUUAUCAACUCCGAAGUGGCCCGCUCCCUCCUGGAGGCCCAGGCUGCCACCGGUUUCAUGAUCGACCCCACGAAGAAUGAGAUGCUGACCGUUGACGAAGCGGUCAGGAAAGGCGUGGUGGGGCCCGAGAUCCACGACCGGCUCCUGUCUGCAGAGAGGGCCGUGACCGGUUACAGAGACCCGUACAGCGAACAGAAGAUUUCCAUCUUCCAGGCCAUGAAGAAAGACCUCAUUCCCAGCGAAGAGGCCCUCAAGCUCCUGGAUGCCCAGAUCGCCACCGGUGGCAUCAUCGACCCGCACCUGGGCUUCCAUCUGCCCCUGGAGGUGGCCUACCAGCGGGGCUUCAUCAACAAGGACACGUACGACAUGCUGUCCGAGCCCAGCGAGGUGCGAAGCUAUGUGGACCCGUCCACAGAGGAGAAGCUCAGCUACACGCAGCUGCUGAAGCGGUGCCGGAAGGACGAGAACAGCGGGCUCCUCCUGCUCCCGCUCUGCGACACGAGGAAGCUCACCUUCCGGGGGCUGCGGAAGCAGAUCACCGUGGAGGAGCUGGUCCGUUCGCAGGUGAUGGACGAAGCCACUGCGCAGCGCCUGCAGGAGGGCCUCACCUCCAUCGAGGAGGUCUCCAAGAACCUGAAGAAGUUCCUGGAGGGCACCAGCUGCAUCGCUGGCGUCUUCGUGGACUCGACGAAGGAGCGGCUGUCCGUGUACCAGGCCAUGAAGAAGGGUAUCAUCAGGCCAGGCACCGCGUUCGAGCUGCUGGAGGCGCAGGCAGCCACGGGGUACGUGAUUGACCCCAUCAAGGGCCUCAAGCUGACGGUGGAGGAAGCUGUGCGGAUGGGCAUCGUGGGCCCUGAGUUCAAGGACAAGCUGCUUUCCGCUGAGAGGGCGGUCACCGGCUACCGCGAUCCCUACUCCGGAAAGCUCAUCUCCCUCUUCCAGGCCAUGAAGAAGGGUCUGAUCCUGAAGGACCACGGGAUCCGCUUGCUCGAGGCCCAGAUCGCCACGGGAGGCAUCAUCGAUCCCGAGGAGAGCCACCGCCUCCCCGUGGAAAUUGCCUACAAGAGGGGCCUCUUUGACGAGGAGAUGAACGAGAUCCUGUUGGAUCCCAGCGAUGACACCAAGGGCUUCUUCGACCCCAACACAGAGGAGAACCUCACCUACCUGCAGCUCAUGGAGCGGUGCAUCACCGACUCGGAGACCGGCCUCUGCCUCCUGCCCCUGAAGGAGAAGAAGCGGGAGAGGAAGACCUCCUCCAAGUCCUCCGUCCGCAAGCGCAGGGUGGUGAUCGUCGACCCAGAGACAGGCAAGGAGAUGUCCGUGUACGAAGCCUACCGCAAGGGCCUCAUCGACCACCAGACCUACCUGGAGCUGUCGGAGCAGGAGUGCGAGUGGGAGGAGAUCACCACCUCCUCCUCCGACGGCGUGGUGAAGUCGAUGAUCAUCGACAGGCGCUCGGGGCGCCAGUACGACAUCGACGACGCCAUCGGCAAGGGCCUGAUCGACCAGUCGGCCCUGGACCAGUACCGCUCGGGCACCCUCUCCAUCACUGAGUUUGCGGACAUGCUCUCCGGCAACAUGAGUGGCUUCCGGUCGCGGUCGUCCUCCGUGGGAUCGUCCUCCUCCUACACCGUCAGCCCGGCCCCGACACGAACGCAGAUCUCCAUGUGGAGCGACCCGACCGAGGAGACGGGGCCGGUGGCCGGCAUCCUGGACACGGACACGCUGGAGAAGGUGUCCAUCACGGAGGCGAUGCGCCGCAACCUCGUGGACAACAUCACGGGGCAGAGGCUGCUGGAAGCCCAGGCCUGCACCGGGGGCAUCAUCGACCCCAACACCGGGGAUAAAUGCUCCGUCGCCGACGCGGUCAACAAGGGCCUGGUCGACAAAAUCAUGGUGGACCGCAUCAACCUGGCACAGAAGGCCUUCUACGGCUUCGAGGACCCGCGGACCAAGACGAAGAUGUCGGCGGCCCAGGCCCUGAAGAAGGGCUGGCUGUACUACGAGGCCGGGCAGCGCUUCCUGGAGGUGCAGUACCUGACAGGGGGCCUGAUCGAGCCCGACGUCGAGGGCCGCGUCUCCUUGGACGAGGCGCUGCAGAAGGGCACCAUCGACACGCGCACGGCCCAGAAGCUGCGGGACGUGAACACCUACUCCAAGUAUCUCACCUGCCCCAAAACCAAGCUCAAGAUUUCCUACAAGGACGCGAUGGACCGCAGCAUGAUCGAGGACGGGACCGGCCUGCGGCUGCUGGAGGCCUCCUCCCAGUCCAGCAAGGGCUACUACAGCCCCUACAACGUCAGCAGCGCCGGCUCCACUUCCGGC